GCCCCAACUGCCUCCCCGGGCACAGUGGUCUUCGUCUGCGACUUGGCGCCACAGCUGACGGAGACCGACCUGCGCCACGUCUUCGCCUUCUACGGCGAGAUCGUCUCCAUCGAUCACAUCGACGAGGCUUCCGGUGGCUCGGCGCUUGUCACCUACACGACGGCAGAGGCCGCCUCAGAGGCUGCUCAGAUCGUGCACCUGGCGCUGGUGCGAGGGAAGACGUGCCGCUGCCUCCUAUGGAGCACGGUAGAGGCGAUCUGGGCGACUAUGGAAGUCGGGCAGCGUCUGCAAGUGGAGGGCCUGGACCCGAAGAUCCACUCCCUGGGCCUCCAGGACAUCUUCGCACUCUUUGGCACGAUCCUUGACUGUAAGGUGCAGACGGAUGAGUCGGAGCGCUCUCGGGGCUAUGGAUUCGUCCACUUUGCCGAGAAGGAUGCACUGGCAGACUGCAGGCAGAAGAUGUUUCACGGAAACUUAUCUGAGGCCAAGGAUGCCUGGAUACAUACACUUCAGCUGGCCAAGAUUGUGAUGCAAGGGAACAGGAAGAAAGCGCAAGAACGAUUGAAGUCGUGUUACAAAGCUCUCAUUGAGCCAAUUGAGCAUCUUCUAGCAAAGGAGCAGCAUCUGAUCAUCGUUCCAGACCAUCACUUGUGGAUGCUGCCAUUCGCAGCACUUCAGCUUCCAGCUGGUAGCUAUGUCAUCGAGAGCUUCUCAGUCAGACUAGCCCCGUCUGUUCAGACUCUGAUGCAAAUCUCAGAACGCCGUGAGCAGAUCUCUCAAACAUCAAGUGCCGCUCCGACUGCACUGGUGGUCGGCGUUUCGAGCUUCGCGGGGCAUUCUGAUUUGAAUCUUCAGCCGUUGCCAUCAGUCCCGUUUGAGUGCAAGGGGGUCCGUGAAGCAUGUGCCCGCGCAGGAAUUCUGGUGCAGCAGUUGGUGGAAGAUGAAGCCACACCACAGAAUUUUGCCGAGAGGUGCUCGGGCGCAACUCAUCUGAUUCAUUUGGCUAGUCAUGGCCUCCUGGAGCAGCAGGCCUUGGUCCUGCAUGGAAAUUCAGUACUGUUUCCGGUGGACAUUCAGGCCCUUGCGCUCACAGCCAAGGUGGUUGUGCUCUCUGCUUGCCACACAGGUCGGGGCUCAGUGGGUGCCGAUGGCGUCUUUGGUCUAACUCGCUCCUUUCUGGUUGCCGGAGCUGACUUGGUACUGGGGACGUUGUGGCACACUGGUGAUGCUUCGACUGAAGUGUUCAUGGGCAUGUUUUAUUCCCACCUGCUUGACAAGAAGAUCGCAGCGCACAUCGCCAUGCAGCAGGCCAUGUGCGCGAUGAUACACGAGACUGAUGCUUCUGGCAAGUUAAAGUGGCGGCCGGCCAAUUGGGCACCGUUCUUGCUGGUUGGCUCCGUCGCACCACAGGAGAAAGUGAAGCAAUGGUGUCAAUGGAGGUGA